GUCUGCUUCUUCUCCUUCGUCAUCUCCGUCUCGUUCGUCGUCUUCUUCUUCGUCGUCUUGUGCUGCUGCUUGGGCUUGUUCGUGUCCUGUUGCAGCAGCAGCAGGGCAAUCUGGCCUCGGCGUCUUCUUCUUCUUCUUCUUCUUCUUUGUUCCCCUCCCUCCCCUCAUCCCCGCUUAUUGUCGCUCCCUUUCUUCUUCUUCUUCCCUCCUUUUUUCUCCACCCCCCCCCUUUCCCACUCCAUCGCCAUUGUCGCUACACCGUUGUCUCUCUCUCUCUCUCUCUCUCUCUCUCACUUCUCUUUCUCGCUCCCGUUGACUCCAUUCCUCUGUGUCUGACCGUCUUGCUCACCUUCUUGUGCCUCCUCCUCGCUUUCGUCGGUUUCCGUCCCGACGGAAUUUCGGUGUAGAUUAGGUUUAGAGCGUAACAUGAGUUGAAACGGUCGGGACGUGAUAGGGGGGCGCCGGGCGGGAUGCGCUGUGAUCUUUGUGAGCGAUGGCGGAGCGGACAGGGCAGCUGCAACGGGAUUUUGAUUGCGCCGAUGAUGAUGUUGUUGAUAGAGGUGGAGAGGGGAGGGGGAGGAAGAGGAGGGGGAGUACGCGAGGGUUGUGCGUAAAGGGUUUAGCUCGGGCUGAUGCAUGAGGGAGCCCGGGGGAGGGAGCGCGCAGGAUUGUGAUAUGAGGGUAGGGCAGGGUAGGGCCAGGGUAGGGCGAGGGAGGGAAAUGGCGAGGCCCUUGGGUGACAUGAAGAACAAGCGAAAGGAGGUGGAGGCGGAGGAAUCGGGGGAAGUGGAGUUGGGAGGUGGCGAGAAGCGGAGUAAGCUAACUGCUUCUGAGGAUUUUGAUGUGGGAGAGAGCGAUGAAGACGAGGAUAGCAGGAUGGGUGUCUUGUUGUUGAACACAGCCAGUAGGAUUUUGGAAGCCAGAAGACGCACGCGGCCAUUGCCUGUGCUCAUGGGGGACAAGGCUGUCGAUCUCCUAGCCCUGCAUUCUCGAGUGAGCAGCAUGGGGGGUUACAGCAAGGUGACCGAGGCCGGGCUCUGGGGUGCAGUUUCGGAUGCAUUAGAAUUAGGGCUAGACUGCGGGCCAGGGUUGAAGCUCGUGUAUGUGAAAUAUUUAAAAGCGUUGGAUGCUGUGAAAAAUUCCAAGGAGUUGAAGAAUAGCUCCAGUUUGGAUGCAGCUCAGCCGAGCAGCUCAGUGAGAGUCAGUGAGUGGUGGGACCACGGGCCAGCAAGUAGACAAGCAGAAUCUGGGCACGAAAUGCAUGAAGAUAGGGAAUACGCGCCCGAAGAGGCGACAGCAGGGCACCAAUUUAUUUCGCACUAUGACCAUGACCAGAAGAUAGAAAAUGGCAGUGGGAGUGGUAAUGUAGGGGCUGCAAUUUUAGAUGAUGCUAUUGAAGAUCUACGAUGUAGGUAUUUAACCCAGAUGGAGUGUAAGCAAUCCUCAACAGUUGAAGACCAGGAAACUGAAUACACCUCAGUUAAACCCCUUGCUAGUGACACUGUUCUCAGGGGAGACAAAGAUCAUGCUCAUACGUUUGAUGAAGGUCCAGGUAUGUGCGGGGAUUGGUAUGGGGGGGGCAGAGUGGACAAUGCCAUGCUGCAGCGGGAGGCCUUGCGUGGGAUGGUGGAGUGGAUCAAGCGAAUUGCCAUCAUUCCAGGAAGGCCGGCAUCAGCACCGGACGCAGGAGGUCCAGGUCAAGGCGAGGAUUGGAUGAGCCAUUGUCAACUGCUGACAUCGAAAGUACGGACUGCCCUUUGGAAGGAGGCUCGGUGUGAAGAUAGCUCCGUGCAGACAAAAUCAAAUCCUACCCUUCGCUACAACGGGCCCGUACGAACUAGGCUUGUAAGCCAACUGGAACGUAUGCAAUCAACGAAGGUUGAUGAUCGGAAUACUGCAUGCACCUCAGUUGAACCCCUUGCCAGCGACACUAUUCUCGAGGGAGAUAAAUCUCAUUCUCAUACAUUUGAUGAAGGUCCAGGCACGAGCGGGGAUUGGCAUGAGGGGGGUGGAGUGGAGAGUGCUUUGCAGCAGCGGGUGGCCUUGCAUGGGAUGGUGGAGUGGAUCAAGCGAAUUGCCAUUAUCCCGGGAAACCCAGCAUCAGCACUGGACGCAGGAAGUCCAGGUCAAGGCGAGGAUUGGAUGAGCCAAUGUCAAAUGCUGACAUCGAAAGUGCGGACUGCUCUUUGGAGGAAGGCUCGGUGUGAAGAUAGCUCCAUACAGACAAAGUCAAUGCCUUCCCAAUUUUUCGACGAGCCAGUCCGACCGGACGCUCAGGCUCUUGAACGUUUACGAGCCACUCGAGAACGAUUAGCUCAUUAUGGGUUUCUGCCACCCCCGGGACCGAGUUGCAAGGAAGGAGCAUCCUCAAAUCAGGACACGAAUAUUGCCUCGUAUUGGGGAACAUCAGGAGCUCAUGUUGGACAGCGCUCUGCCAGACAUUCAGUUAACUAUAGCGAUCCUGUAUUUGUUCGGUAUAAUCAACAAAGGAAAAGGAUUCCUAUUGGCAAAGAUUAUCAAGCUGACUUGGUUAGUCGGAUUCCACGAGAUCUUUCGCAUAAGACUAGUGAUGCAACCCAAGAUGAUUCUGGAGAAGGACUUUAUAGCAGCAACGCUGAAGACAACGACGAUAGGUGGCUUGGUUUACAGCUAUGGCCUCAGGCUGAUCUGAGGGAAGUCCACUUUAGUUCAUGCGAAGUAGGCAGGGGUAGGCCAGCUUCUUGCGAUUGUCGUGAGCCUGGUUCCAUAAACUGUGUGAGAAUGCAUAUUGCGGCGGCAAGGGUAAAGCUUAGGAAUGAUCUUGGGCAUGCUUUUAAUCGUAUGGGGUUUGAUCAGAUGGGCGAGUGUGUUGGCGAUCUGUGGAGCAAGGACGAAGAGCGUACAUUCCGAAUGGUUGCCAGGACACAUCCAGCGUCCAAGAGCAGAAACUUUUGGGACUAUCUCCCGAAUUCUUUACCGUACAAAACUAGGAAAGAAUUAAAUAGCUAUUAUUUCAAUGUGUUCGUCUUGAGGCGGCGAGCACUUCAGAAUAGGCUGGGCGACAAGAUUGACAGUGACGAUGAUGAAGGAGAAUUUCUAGGUGAAUCCGAUGGUAGUGGUGAUGUAUCUACAGGUUAUGACGAAGGUGAUGAGGAUGAUUUCAGUGACGGUGCGGAUGAUGGUGAAAGUGGAGACAUGCAUGAUGUCUACCCAUUGAAAAUUCUAGACGAUGCGGGGAUGCAGAAAUUCACGCGUCUUCCUGAAUAUCAAUUCAGUCCUGCGGAUGGGGUGGUCCAUCAUGAAGGCGAUAGAGCCCGAACUGAAUCAUUGGUUGUGGAUCUAGAAGAGACAGGCAGCCACGGCACACACAACCAUUCUGAUCCCUCUCAUGUCAUGUUAGAUUGGGAUGACAAGCACCUGGAGUCAGCGAGUUUAGUGCCUGAAGGAAGGCAUUGGGAGGAGCGUCAUUGGGAUGGUGGGGAUCACCAGCAGGUGAGCUCUGUUCUCGGUGAGGCUGUGUCCAAUAGACGGUUGUCCCCACUCGCGGGGAAGGAAGAUACUCAACAACCCAUUGGUCUUGGGGAUUUAUGGAACCAAAAUAUGGAGAUGGCCCCAAAGCAGGAGAAGGAUAGGCUCCUCUCCACGAAUGGGAUGAUCCUAGAACUCUUUGGUGAUGAUGUAAGAAACUAAGGCAAUGAUCUUGUGUUUAUCUUAAUUACCUAAGUUGCUUAGAAAAAAUGUGGUCCUUAAGUCAAUCGAUAUAGUUCAGUCGUACGAAGCCCAGCAUUCCACUUUCAAGCCAAUUUUUUCUUUUCUUUAAUUACUUUCUUCCUUCAAAUUUUCUGAAAAUCCAUUUAUUUAUAUAUUUAUUUGGUUAUUCUCCUCACCUUCUUGCAGUAUAUUUUUUUUUAUUUCUGUUGCACUACUCUUGUCUGCCGACCUUUCUAUCAUAAUAGGGUCUACUUCUAAACCUUCUAGGAGUGAUGCAGAAACAAGUCAAAAGGUACUCCUAAGUGGUGCCAAUAAGGGCAAGCAAUGUUCUCUUCCAAGAACUGUAAAUUGAGUUCUGUAGAGACAUUUAAAUAUGAUGAUGAAGCCCGCUUAGUAUCAUUAGGAAAUCCAUCGGACUUCAUCAUCAUAUUUAAAUGUCCCUUAAAGAACUCAGAAUUUGCAGUUCUUGGAAGAGAACAUUUCUUGCCCUUAUUGGCACCACUUUGGAGUACCUUAUGACAUGUUUCUGCAUCACUACUAGAAGGUUUAGAAGUGGACUCUAUUAUUGAUAGAAAGGUCGGCAGACUGGAAAGUCCUUGAUGCUACAUUGUUUAUAACAUCGAUGUUAUUCUCCUCACCUAUCUUGCAA